AUGGCUUCUUUCAAGGAUCCACUGGUCCAAGACCGCUGGAACUCGCACGAUUUCGACGGCGGCCCUCAUUGCUGCCGAUGGAUUUGCAGCGAUGCUUUGGCAACUCCUGAUCCUCGGGUCACGGCCUCGGCUGACAUGGGAGAUGCCUCUGCUUCUGAGACGCACUUCACCCCAGUCAGAUCCGACGAGAUGCUGUACUCUCUUGAGGGAGGCAGCUCCGACGAUGGAGGACAUUCGCCCACACCACUGUCGACGUUAGGAAGACGUCAACCUAUGUCUGUGCUGUCGUUACUUCGCAAGUCCCGCCUCGCAUCAAUUUCUUGUGGUGACUGCCAGAAUCAACGCACUGCUUCGUUCCGCCUCCCCAUACCAAGUGAGGCAAUGGCGAGAGUCCGGUUUUCGGACCUUGCAAACAUGGAUCAGCGCGGCCUUCCAGAUUUCCUUGCUCUAGUUCCGGAGUCUCUAGACGAAGCAACAAUUGCUGUCCUGGACACUACUGAGACGUGCCAACAGGUCUCCAUUCGGGAACCUGAUGGCAUGACGCAGUCGUCGUCUGUUGGCCAAGGACCCGAGUACGUCGUAAAACUUCUCGAUCGGCCAUCUGAACUUGAUAGCGCCUGUCCACAAGAAUUCAAACAACUGCAACCAUUCGUAAACCAGCUAGCUCAGCAAAUCGCCGAGUCAACAACCCUCUACCAAAACGACACUUUCUACCAGCAACUUUCAACUUCUGAGACGGAAUUAUACGACCUGUCUGCUGCAACGAUCACCGUUGGCAGAUACCCAAGCGAGAAAAUGACACACCACCCCGAGUUCACCCGCUCCGUCGCCAAUAUGGCGGUCACUACCACAGGCUGGCCCUCUGGGGCCCAGCCGGUAUGUGCUGCACCCGACACCAUGAAUGACACCAUGUAUCAAAUGUCACCUCUCUCCGAUCUCUGUGAAAUGCCGGACGAGAGCGAUGACUGGGCAAUGCUCAUUCAGCAGGACAUGCUCGCCACCGGCGACUUCGACAUGGACGCCUUUGACCUUUCCGCCACCGAGGCAACUUACCAAACCACCAACUCUCCUCAGGACAUCUUCAACGACCCCACCGUCCUGUACGAUGUCGCGCAGAGCCUGGGCCCCGAUGCCUUCGACUUUAACGGCCCUCUGCCCGACCUUUCCGCCUCAGGCUACCUCUCCGGCGACCAGGUCUCCUCCUACUUCGGCAGCACAAACACCUCCCCCUUCGAGCCAGCCCUCGACUUCUUCCCCGAAGCCGACCCGUACUCCAUGUUCCCGGCCAGCGCCGACGGCUCGCCCCUCGGCACGACCACCUCCUCCCCCGGCUCGGACAACACAAACCCCCCCUCUAGCUCCAGCGCCAGCCCUUACCCCUACAGCUGCUCCACCGACGGCUGCACAAAAUCCUUUCGCAAGGAGGCCCAGCUGAAGCAGCACCAGCGCGUCCACCGCAAGGCCCUCGUCUGCACAAUCUGCCGCGCCGAACACCGCGCCGAGCAUAAGUUCGCCCAGGUGCGGGACCUCGAGCGGCACCUGCAGGCGCGCCACAAGGACGUCGCCGAGAAGACCAACGUGCGCUCCGAGAUCCGCUCGUGCCCGCAUGCCGGGUGCGACCACGAGGGGAGGCGGGAUAACGUGUCGAGGCACCACAAGAGUAAGCAUGGUAAGGAACUCAAGUGGAAGAGGGGUGUUCCACACGUGGUGGAUUGA